CCCUCCCCCCGCCAUUUGGCCUAUAAAGAAGUCAGAUAGAAAUUUUUAUAGUGCAAAAAUGGUUUGGGGUAGCGAGUCUCGGUGAACAACGCGUUACGGUGUUAAAAGUUUUUGUAUCAAACAGUGAGGGCAAAGUAACUGUACCCACUCUCGGUUGAACUUUUUGUUAUUACUGUACUUGAAUCUUAGUACAGUGCGGGUGAUAUUGUAUAUUUUUUUUAAUUGCAAACAAUAAUUAAUUAGCGCAUGCCAACGCGGGGUUCAGCGGUAUUUUCAUUUCACACCAUCGUCAUCAUCAUCAUCAUCGUCGUCGUUAGCGAUGACGGCGACGACGGCGUUGUUUUUUUCCAUUUUUGUAGCUAACUCUGUUUUUUUCUCAUUCACCGUAUUAUCAUUAUCCAAAAAACAUGGCUGUUCGUUUCGCCACUAUUCUCCCUUGAUGUAAUUCUUAUUGUUGCUGCUGCUGCACGAUCAUCAUUCUCUAAUUGAUAUUCAAACUUCAAGUUAUCAAGUGACAAUGGAUCAGGAUAUUUAAUCAAUCGCCCGAAAACAUGUCGCAUGUUUCUUACUCGAAAUUGAUAUCUUUAAAUUAUCCAAAACUUUGUCCCAAGCCUGCGCCGCAACAGACACUUGCUGAGGUCCUUCAAUCCGAACCAGUCAAGCGACUGCUGAGCCAGCCAAAUAUUGUGAUAGAAACAAUUCCGAAAGUCCAAACGACUCCCAAAUCUAAUGUAUCCAACAACAAUGUCCAUUUACCGGUUGAUAAGAAGAAUGGGCCGAGCAAGGUGGCGCAGAGCAAAGGCAUCGGGUCCGAAAUAUCAGUAAUGACAGUGGAAACGGAAAGCAAAGAUAAAUCUAGGCUGCUACCUGCUAAGGGGGAUGGAAAGUCUGAAAUAGCCCUGAUGGUCGUCAAGCCUGAGCAAAAACAAUGUGGUCAUCACGGCCCAUGCGAAAAUAUCGUUUGCGACGUUUCCGUGCUCCAGUACGUUGACCAGGGUGGAGUUCUACCAAUGCUAGCUGUGGGGAUAGAGGAGAACGAGAUCAAUGCCCCGGUUGAAAAGCAUUGCAAAAAUCCGCUGUGCGAUGCAUUGAGCAUAGAUCAUGACCGAUGUCGACGGGCGUUGAUUAAACUCUACCGUUGCGAUUUGAUGAGUGCUUGCGACAUUUGCGGCGUUGUAUUCAAGACACGGAGGUCUAGGAUGAGUCACAAAAGCUGCAUCAGGAAGGAGGUCUAUAGGCACAAUCAAACAGACGGUGCUCAGAUACUUAGGGAAAAAAUGAGGGAGCGAGAACUGCAGAUGAUCGAGGCAGCCAAGACCAAGAAAAAAGAACACUUGGACCCGGCCACUGAGUACAAAAAGACUAUGGAGUCCCUGAGGAAUAACAAGGAGCUGAUCAUCAUCCCAAAAACCAUUCCCCAGCAUCAGCCAAUUGUCACAAUAAAAACACUGUCCCCGGGCAACCAGCCGAGCGUUGUACAAAGUACUAACUCCCGAGAAGUCUUUGGAAAACUUUUGCCCUCUAUUCCGAUUGUUUUCCCACCACAGAAUACAAUCGUCGGCAAAAGACCGGGUUCUGAGACCAACGAAGGACCAGCUGUGAAGCAACCCAAGAUAACAAAUGUGUUUUGCACUCCACCUCAACACGCAAGGCUUGGUCAACAGUACAUUAAAGUUUCCUCGGUCACGCAAUCCAACAUCGUUCAGCCCAUGUCUCUCAAUGAUUGGUUCGCUUCUCAGGCAAAUAUCGUAACUUCGAGCCAAAAUACAGCUCUCAAACCUUACCUGACCCCCAUCAGAGUCGUCCCUAUCACCAGCCUGAAGUCAGCCCCUUCGCUUCGGCAUCAAACUCACGGUAUUCCUGCGUUUUGCUUGGUACCGGACAAUCUUCCCAAACCUGUACCUGUCUCAAAACUGCAGGCCAUUCAGCCAGCUCCAAUAGCUCCUAGCCCGCCAAGGUCUGUUGCACAAAAUAAUGAAACAGAGAAUGUGGAGCAGCAGAAUUCACAGACAGCAAAAAGUGCGACGAACACAAGAAGAAAAUCUCAAGCUCGUAGAAAGUCUGAGGAGAAAAAUUCAAAGGUUUUCAAAUGUCCUUAUUGUUUCAAGGGUUUCAGCACAGAUUGGUAUUUCAAAAUGCACGUAGCUGGGCACACGGGAGAAAUGUUAUUCACUUGCAAAACGUGCGAAAAACCAUUUAGCAAUAGAUACGAUAUGAAAAAACAUAUGCUCAAUGAGCACAAUGAUGGCGAAUGCAGAUGCGAGAUUUGUGGACAGAUAUCUAUAUGCAAAUCGGCACUUGAGAUUCACAUUCGGUCCCACACCGGUGAAAGACCCUUCCACUGUACAGAGUGUGAUCUGUCUUACAGAUCGAGCACUGACCUUAAAACGCAUCAACGAAAGCGACACAACUCUACGGACUGCCCAUACUGCCAUAUUCAUCUUGUAAAGGCAGAUCUUCAGGCACACUUGGUGUCGUGUCAUCAGAUGACGGAAAAAGAAGCAUUGCAUGAAAUUCUGCAAGGACAGGAACAGGCAGUGAAUGGAAAUGAAUCGUCCGAAAUUGAGGUGUCAGAUUGUGAGUCAAUGGCAAAUGGAAUCCUGAUGAGAAUUAAAGAGGAGCUCAUAGAGGAGGCAGCAGCUGUGAAUGAAACUACGAAGUUUCAGAGUAGUCGUAAUGGUUCAGAUUCAAACAAGAGGAAAAAACAGAUUGCAAAUAAACCUGCCCAUACGAAGUCUAAAGGAAACGGUGUGCACAAUGCAGAGGGAAACCAGAAUUUAUGCAAUUCGAAGGAAACUGAAACUAAGCCUAUCGUUGUCAGAAGGAGCACUAGGAGAUCGAACUCUAAUUUUCAAUGUACCAUUUGCAAAGAAAAUUUCGAUAGCUCCACACUGCUUGAUGAUCAUGUAGCUAAUGAACCCAAAGAAACUGUGGAAUGCCUCGCAUGCAAGAGCUUGUUUCACAGCCAGACUGAUUAUGAUAAACAUGGCAAUAGCUGUGGCAAAAGUUCCUGCAAACAGUCGUCUUGCCUGAAAAAUUCAACAACUGGACCGCUGAGACCAUUCCAGUGUGAGAUCUGCCUGAAAGUAUUUAAAAAUGAUGGAAAACUCCGUAUUCACAUGAAUCUGAGUCCGCAAAAUUUCAUAACGUGCGUUAGAUGCGGCAAGAAAUUUCACACUAAUCGCGAGUACAGAUUGCACAUGCACAAUAAUUGUGUUGAAUUAAUUAAGUGCCGUAAGUGUAACCGACAAUUUUCAAACAAAAGAACACUUGAUAACCACAUUUGCUGAAUUCAGAAGGAUGAGGCGUACACUGGAUUCUUAUGAAAAAAAAUCAUUAUUGAUUUGUAUGUUUUCUGUAGUUCUCUCGUUAUAUUUCGUUGAUAAUAAGUAGGCCAUUAUACACUAAGUUAUUACUUUAGCUAAUAUAAUUUUCUGCAUUGCAUUGAAACUUUUCUUUGUACUCCCCUUUCUUUUUUUUUUGACUGUUUACCGCACAUUACGAAAGUAAUAAGGUGUGUGUAGAAUGAUUCUAUAUUAUCUUAAACAAGGAUAUCCUCAAACGAAUUCAUGUAAUUGCAAAUGUAAAAUUUUAAGAUAAGAGGAAAAAAAAAAUUAAGGUAUUUACCGAGUAUUCUGCACACUAUUGUCAAAUUAUAAUU